AGGUUAGCUCCCAUGGCAAGCAGCUCUGAUGUCGUUCCUGCCUCUGCAAGGAAGCUGGACGGCAAGGUGGCGCUGAUCACCGGCGGCGCGAGCGGCAUCGGCGAGUGCACGGCGCGGCUGUUCGUGCAGCACGGGGCCAGCGUCGUCCUCGCCGACAUCCAGGACGAUCUCGGCGCGCGCCUCUGCGCGGAGCUCGGCCCGGCGGCCUCCAGCUACGUGCGGUGCGACGUCACCAGCGAGGAGGACGUCGCGGCGGCCGUCGAUCACGCCGUCGCCAGGUUCGGGAAGCUGGACAUCAUGUUCAACAACGCCGGCAUCGGCGGCGCGGCGUGCCACAGCAUCCGGGACAGCACCAAGGAGGACUUCGAGCGCGUGCUGGCCGUCAACCUCGUGGGGCCCUUCCUGGGUACCAAGCACGCGGCGCGGGUCAUGGUGCCCGCGCGGCAAGGCUGCAUCAUCGGGACGUCGAGCCUGGCGUCGGCGGUGGGCGGCGUGGCGUCGCACGCCUACACGUGCGCCAAGCGCGCCCUGGUCGGGCUGACGGAAAACGCGGCGACGGAGCUUGGCCAGCAUGGGAUCCGCGUCAACUGCAUCUCCCCGGCGGCGGCGGCCACGCCGCUGGCCACGGGCUACGUGGGGCUGGACGGCGAGGCGUUCGAGAUGGCCAUGGAGUCCUUUGCUAACCUCAAGGGCGUGGGACUGCGGGUCAAAGACAUCGCCGCCGCCGUGCUGUUUCUUGUCAGCGAUGACGCGCGCUACGUGAGCGGCCACAACCUGCUCAUCGACGGCGGCAUCUCCGUCUCAAACCUUACCUUCGGCAUCUUCAAGGAGUAACGGUCUAACGGAGACCGAUCCAUAUAAAUUAUGCAUCCAAGGAUCGUCUCACAUGGCGUGGUUGCUUAGCAGCUUAACGCCGACGUGCCAUUUAAUACGUCCCACCAUCAUUUAUGUUGCUUUAUUUAUUUAUUUUGUAACGCCGGAUGACCAAAAUCCAUCGCCCAUCA